GGAUCAGACUUAGUACGAGGAGAGCAGAGGAACUGAUCAUCUUGUGAACAUCUUCUGGGCUCUAAGGGCAAGCAUAUCUAAUCGGAUUCUCCUGGUCAUGCUCAUGCUCAUCAGCAGCUAUGGCCUUCCAUGUGAGCGAUCAUGAACUGUGUGGUGAAUCUGAAUUACCCUGAUGAACUGCAAUCUCCCGCCCGGGACAAGCUCAAGAGAGACAGCUAUGCUGCGGACCAUCUUCUUCUUGCGGGUCUUGACCGUAGCACUUUCAGCACAAUUGAGGUCUAAACGCUUCUUACCAGGUCCCCAUAACUCACUGUCCAAUACUCACUUUCGAUAUGGACUGGACUGGAUCGGACUGGACAGGAACAGCUCAUGUAGCUGUUGCAGUGUGGACGGCUGGGGUGGGUAUUUGCAAAGGCCGCAUGUCUGCGGACUCGCCCGCGUGUCUGCAGACAUCAAGAUGAUGGACGCAAGCCCCCUCUGCGUGCGCUCUGCCCAGCUACGGAAUGAAGGAAAUCGACUUUAUUUGACGAGGCGGUUUUGGGCGGGUUGCUAUUCCAUCUCUGUCCAUCACCUUUGUUACAAUAAAUGACUCCAUCACGUCGUCUUUGCUACGCGGAAGGUCGUCUCUGGCCUUCUGCUCGCCUUUUGAUCGAGCUCUGAUCGGACCGGUACGACGAAUGGGCAUCUGUUCUGCUCUCCUCUGCUUUGCUCUGCAAUCUGCUCUUCUGUUGCCGACGGGACCGCGGUAUCCAUACGGAAGGAGUGUUGGCGACGAAUGUCGGACACCCAAAAGUAUUUGUCGGCUCCGCAGUUAAAGCUCGCCAGGAUUCUAUGUUUCGUCCCGGAAAAGGUCAUGCGUCCGAGGGCCAUCUUCCUUUCGUCUGGACGACCGCUCUCACGGGCCAUGAUUCCAGGAAGUUGACGUCCGUCCCCAACGAAUGCGAUCCUCCCGGAAUCCGGAUCGAUUUGCAAACUUUGCCCUCCCUGGGAGAACAGUCUCCUUGGCCCCCAGACCCAAAGCAAUUCCUCCUUCGUCGGGGCUUACGCUCCUUCUCAUCCUAUUUAACUGCCUCCAAUUUGGCCGAGUCUCUCCAAUCGUUGACAGAUCGAUUGCCUUAACAUUCACGAGUUACUUUCACUAAAGAUUCUACUUUCAUCGACUCAAAGGCCUCUACACCCCAUAAAGCUCCAGAGGCUUGUUAAGUUCGUGAAGCUGUUUGAGGCUGAGGAGUAGACGGUCAUGAGUAAGAAUACGAGUUUCUGCGAAUGAAAACCAUCUGAUCGUACGGGUCUCCUCUUUCAUGUCACGAAUCCAAACCCUGGGAAGCAAGUAAGUAGCCUAGGUGCUGUUGCAUGUUAACGUCCUGCCUUCAAGCGGGCAUCUCUCGAGUCUAAGUACACAGUGCAAACCUGGUGAUUGGUGUGAGGUAGCAUGACGUGUAGAUGUGAGUUCAUCAGUUUGAAGUUCGAGUGCCAGUUGUGUACUAGGUCCAGAAGUUAUGCCUUGGCCUGCGAGCUCAGCACCGGUAACGGUACCAGUCCUAUGCGUCCUCUCAGGACUAUUUGGAAAUGCCUUGGGUUGCUGGUGCCGGGCUUGAAAAGAGAAGGCCGUGAACAUAUUUUUAGAUCACAUCCUGGAAUCAGGCGAUAUUUACUUCUGCUGUCUUGAUCUUGAACGAAAUCUAGUGCGCAGAUUUUCGCCACUAGUACAUACUUCUCACACCCAAGUCUCCAUUUUCUUCGCCCGUGGACUUGUUGAGCUUUCGGUCCCAGUCCCACUUCCCAAAAUAAAGUCGAAAUCUCAUACGAUCUUACAAGGAAAUCGUAUAAUCCCUUUCCCUUUCGUGGAACAAUCUCUACACAUUCUAAGUCCAUGCAGUAGCGGCUGUGUU